AAAGGCUGGAGGCCUUUGUUUUCCAUCACAGCCUUCUCUUCUCUACCUGCAAAUUCUGUUAAGCUUCUUGGGCGAAAAAAUGUCUCUAGUUGGUCAGUUGGAGACUGAUGUAGAGAUCAAGGCUCCUGCUAAGAAGUUUCACGAUAUCUUCAGCUGUAGACCUCACCACAUCUCCAAUGUCUGCCCUGAAAAGAUACAAGGAGUCGAUUUGCAUGAAGGUGAUUGGGGGAAUUCUGGCUCUGUCAUCUGCUGGAAUUAUAUGCAUGAUGGGGUUCCUGAAGUCGCCAAGGAGAUAAUUGAAGCCAUUGAUGACGAGAUCAACUCAACCACUUUUAAAGUGAUCGAAGGACACCUAUUGGAUAAAUACAAAAGCUUCCUUUUCAUUGUGCAAGCCAGUCAGAAGGAAGAGGGCAGCUUGGUGCAUUGGACUUUGAAGUAUGAGAAGGUGAGUGAGGAGGUUCCAGAGCCAAAAGGGAUGCUUAAAUUGGCCAUCGAUGUCACCAAAGAUAUCGAUGCUCACCUUAUAAAGCAGGCUAAUUAAUUAAAUCCGCACUUAUCGCUUAAUCAUGUGCGCUAUAUGUAAUGUACUGGCCUGUUGUCACGGGCUCAGGUUGGGAGCCGAGACAGGGUUGAAUAAUAAAAAGUAUUUUAUUGUGACA